UCGAACAUGUGUGAAAAUGCUGUGGACAAAACUGAAGAAGAAAUGUUGAAAUUGCAGUCUAACGGAGUAUCAGUUCCCCUACAUUUCGAUAAACCAGAGUUGAAUGAAGAAGUAGAUUGGGACAAAUCUGAUGGAACAUGUGCUCUGGUGAAAUGGAAAGGGGCAAAUAUGUCUGAGGAUGAAAAAUAUCGGAUUUACUGGUGGACAGAAGAGACUGACAAACAAUUUGGUGAAACAAGCGGACAAGAAUAUUUUUUAUCAAAACUGAAGAAAGGUUGCGUCUAUUUUGUCUAUGUGAUUCAAAUCAAUGAUGCAGGAGAAUCAGCACCAUCCAAUACCAUUAAAUUUGAAACUGGACCAAGAAUUCCAUUCAAUAUACAAGUCUCAAAUUAUCAACCUUCUCCUCAUGACAGUCUCCUGGUUCAAUUCGAAAAUGCAAAUUUCAAGCAAGUGGAGCAUUUAGUUAUUGCUCAGUCCAUCACUGGUGAAGACAAAGAAUUGAUGACCAAAAAAGGGCAGAAUUUUGCAUUGAUUCAGGAACUCACUCCUGGGCAAUUCUACAGCAUAAAUGUCUCAUCGGUAGUCGAUGAACUUCGAAGCGAUCAGGCAACUUUUUCUGAAAUGGUUCAGACAUAUCCUGCAAAACCAGAGGGUGUUGAAGCAAAAAUGAAUUGUGAAGAUUUAAAAAUUGAAUGGGAACAUCUCAAUAUUAGGCCGAAGUCAUAUAAAAUCUUCUGGGAAGAAAAUGGAAAAAGAGACAGUAGCGAAACUUCUGAGAAUGAGUUUUUCAUCAACAAUCCGAAUCCCUCAACAAUAUUCAAGUUUAAAGUUGCGGCAAUUAAUGAUGCAGGACAAGGUGAAAAAAGCGAAGAAGCAAAGCUAACAACAGUUCCCGCUGCUCCUACCAACAUCGUUGUCAAACCAAAUCCUCGAGCAAAAUCAAAAAGUUUCAUCGUGACGUACGACGACCCAGACCCUGUGCUUAAAAAGACAUAUCGGAUUGUGGCGAAUGACAUGGAGGGGAAAAAGCAGCAAGUGUCAUGUCUGAAACUCACACUGCAGUACUGAGUGAGCUUCAACCAGGACAAUCUUACUACAUUUAUGUAGUUGCUAUUUUUAGAAAUCUCGAAAGUCCAAAAGCACACUUUGUUAAUAACAAAAAAUGAAUUGGUAACUUCCCUUCACAUAAACAGUUUUAUUAUGCAUGUAUGCACCACCAUUACGAGAAUCCGUGUAAUUAAUAAUUCCUUCAUAAUAAAAUCAUUUUGUGAAUUUGGAAAAAUCAUGUCCUAGAGAAAAAAUUCAAUUGGUCACAUGUUUGAAAAUUUGUUGUGAAAACUAAGAUGAUGACCCCCGGUAUCAUCUAUUCAAUAAAAUAAAUUAUCUAUGCCUCGCUAAAUACUUUACAACAAUUUCAAAAUUAUAUCACUAAUUAUAGGUAUAACUAUAAUCAAAAAUGAAUAUGCGAGGAUGCUGAAAAAUGAAAAAUGCAAUUGGAUAAGACUGAAAUAAUGAUAAAUAAAAACAGCCUUUUUGAAAUGCAAAUAACUUGUGAAAAUUGUGGAUUUGUGUUAUACAUACAUGUGAUCUUUGUGAAUUAUUUUCCCUUUUGUUGCACUCUUGGGAGUUUGUUUAUCACAGCAAAAACCACAUGGAUCAAUUGUAUUUUUUUUUAUCAUACUUUUCGUCGAUGUUCUUUGUGAGUUCUAAAUAAAACCACUAUUUUAGAAGACCAUUUUACAGCUAUUCUUGUACCCUAUGGUUAAUAUGUAAAUAUGCCGAUCCAAAAAUCAACCUAUAAAAAGUAUUAUUAUUAUUUGAAUUGUCUACAAUAAUAGUUGGCUAAAUAAUAAGUAAAAAUUAAAUGGAAAUUACUUAGUUUCAAUUGCGUUUUUAUGUUCGAAGUAUAUAGUUAAAUAUAGGUGGAUAUAUCUAUCGAAGUAGUAUUAACAUAUGUUUAAUAUAGCAACUGAAUUGUGCAAUGUAAUUAGCUAUUAAAUAUUUUUUACUUAUCCAAUCUCUGUGAAAAUCAAUUGAAAUAAAUUAUAAGCAAUACUGAAUUUAAAGUACACUAGUUCAAAUGUUUACAAAACAUAAGCAUAAAAAGUUGGUUUUGAAAUAUCGAUUCGCAUAAAAAUGGUUUGUGACAAUUGAUUAUCAGUAUGUAUUUUUUUUUCAUUUUCCAGACUUUACG